UGACUAUGAAGUAAAUUUAAACUUGGCACCCAUCCAUUGACAUCACUGCUUUGCAGUUUGCACAUUUAUGAUAAAUCUGAUUUAACUGCUCCAGCGGUCAUAUGUGAUAAAAAGGAGCCUGAAUAUACCUGUUAUUAAAAAUGCAACCAAUAUCUGAAGUAACCGAAGUUCCUGUAGGGUCAACAGUGGUGUUAAAGUGUGCAAGUAACGAUUACAAUCACAACUUUUUAUUUUGGAUUUUGAACAACAACACAAUUAUUGGCCCUGGAAAUCAUUUCAAUGAGAAAAAGUAUAAAUAUGAAGUAUUGUCUGGAAAGCUACAUAUACAUAAUGUUGCACCAACAGAAGCUGGCUAUUACCAAUGCAUAUCAAAGCAUGUAGAUGGAUCUAGCCUAUCAGUUGGAGAAGUAGAAAUGAUAGUUCAGAGCCCAUCGUUCUCUACUGGGGAUGCUAUAAAAGUGGCUGCUAUUAUAAUCUCCUUGAUUGUUUUAAUUGUCUGUGCUGUAGUGUAUUAUCGGCUAAAGAAAGAAUGGAAUCAAUAUGAGCAUCCAGCUGAAGCUGCAGAUGAAGAUGACGAAGAAAAGCCAGACGGUGAAGAAAUUUACAAUCGCACUACCACUACACUCAGCCAGCCAGUGCCAGGUCCAAGCAGAAAUCCCUCUUCUGAACAUUUGAUAUAUGGAAUAGAUAAUGAAGGCUUAGAUACUGAUUUUAAUUCUGUAUUUGAAAAUAUACAAAUCAAAUCUCCUAGUUUAAUAUAAAGUUAGGGGUUAACAUAUAACUAAUUAUUGUUAAGUAGGACUUAAAUUUAUAAUUUUAUACUGUUUAAAUUAUGAAUUAACAAUCAUUAAGUGCUUAUCAUAUUUAUUAAGUAGGAUUUAAAAAAAUUUUUUACUAUUUAAGUCAAAAGAGAAAUGUGAAAGUGAAAACUAAAAAUAGGGCAUUAUCCUCCAGUCACUUUAGCAUAAUAAAUUUCAAGUCAGAUAAGCUGAAUGCACUUUAAACUUUUAUAACAUGUUAUAUUAUAAUAACAAUUUUAUAACAUUUUAAAACUGGAGUGCCCCAAGGCUCAGUCCUAGAUUGUUCACCAUUGACUUAAUCUCAAAGGCCUGAAAUAAUAGUGGCAACUUUUGCAGUAAUACUUGCCUCCUGUAAAAUUCUCUGAAACUCUACAAAUAAGCCUUCAAUGGAUAGGUUGAGAAUCACAGUUAGUGUGUCAAAGUCACUGUAUGUAACUUGUCGCAUGAUAUGGCAUGCAAAAAAACUUCCAAAGAGUUAGUACCAUAUUCUGACUUUUUAUUGAACAUUGUAUUGUAAAUAAUAGUUUAGCAGUAAGUUUAAAUUAGUUGCAAUAUUAUUUUGAAUGCUAUUUGUACAUAAUUUUUAACUCAGCGAUGCAUUGUAUUUUAAUAUUUUGAAAUUCUUAUCCAAAAACAAAAUAAAAGUGAUUCAAUAAGUACUAACUUUUAGUCUAAGAGACACUUCUGUAUUUUGAUGCGUAUUAAACUGGUCUCAUGUU